CUGGGCGGGGCGGGGCAGUUGGGUGCGUUGCGCGACGGCGUCUGAGGCGGCGGCUCCGCUCGGCUCCUCCGCCCCUCGCUGCUCCGGGCCCGCCGAGACCGGAGAGCUGUCCUUUUUGAAGCCAGAGAACGCAGCUGCCUUUGUGCUGAAAGAGGUGUUGGGAACAUUCUGACCAGAAGGAAUCAAUCAGAAGUGGGCUCCCUGGCAGCAAGCACACCCUACGCCAGACGGUAGCUGAACCUGCUCCACUGCAGUAAGAAGGAUUCUCACGUGUGGGGGCCUGGAGCCGAUGGCAGACAAUGUCAACAACUAACAACAUAGCUCAGGCCCGGAAGCUGGUGGAGCAGCUCCGCAUCGAAGCCGGCAUCGAGAGGAUCAAGGUCUCCAAAGCAUCUUCUGAGCUAAUGAAUUACUGCGAGCAACAUGCCAGGAACGACCCACUGCUGGUUGGGGUGCCUGCUUCUGAGAAUCCUUUUAAGGACAAAAAGCCUUGUAUCAUCCUAUAGCUUCCCUGGCUGCAGCACGGGCGAUCUCUCAGGCAGAGCACCCUUCUCCAUCGACUGAAACCAAGGGAUAACAACUCCACUCCGAGGGAGGGUAAACACUAAAUGUUGGAUUCGA